AGUGGAAUGGACUGGUAUAAGAAGGAAGUGUGGGCCCUGGGGAAGAGGCCCUGUCAAGGCAGCUGGGCACCGAGAGAGGCCACCAUGCCCCACUCUGCUGAAGCAAAGAUGCAUUUGAGGGUGACUCUGGCAGGCUUUGUGGUCCUGAUGCUGUUCCAGUGCUGCUCUCCAUACAAGCUGGUCUGCUACUACACCAACUGGUCUCAGUACCGGGAAGGGAAUGGGAGCUGCUUCCCAGAUGCCAUCAACCGCUUCCUGUGUACCCACAUCAUCUACAGCUUUGCCAACAUCAGCAACAAUGAGAUUGACACAUGGGAGUGGAAUGACGUGACACUCUAUGGCAUGUUGAACACACUUAAAACCAGGAACCCCAACCUGAAGACCCUUCUGUCUGUUGGAGGAUGGAAAUUUGGCUCAGAAAGAUUUUCGAGGAUCGCCUCCAAUGCCCAGAGGCGCAGGACUUUCAUCAAGUCAGUGCCCCCAUUUUUGCGGGCCCAUGGCUUUGAUGGGCUGGAUCUCGCCUGGCUCUACCCCAACCCAAGAGACAAACAGCAUCUCACCACCCUGAUUAAGGAAUUGAAGGCUGAAUUCAUAAAGGAAGUCCAACCAGGAACAGAGCAGCUCCUGCUCAGUGCAGCUGUGUCAGCAGGGAAGGCGGCCAUUGACAGUGGCUAUGAUGUUGCCCAGAUAUCCCAACACCUGGAUUUCAUCAGCCUCAUGACCUAUGAUUUCCAUGGAACCUGGUACCAGACUACAGGACACCACAGUCCCCUCUUCCGAGGCCAGCAGGACACUAGUCUUUACAGAUUCAAUAAUGUGGACUAUGCUGUGGGGUACGUGCUGAGGCUGGGAGCCCCGGCCAGCAAACUGCUGCUGGGCAUCCCCAUCUUCGGGAAGAGCUUCACUCUGGCAUCUUCUGAAACACAAGUUGGAGCCCCUGUCUCGGGGCCAGGAUUACCAGGCCGGUUCACCAAGGAAGAAGGGAUCCUUGCCUAUUAUGAGAUCUGUGACUUCCUGCAAGGAGCUAAAGUACAUAGAAUUACUGGCCAGCAAGUCCCCUAUGCCACCAAGGGUAACCAGUGGGUGGGAUAUGACGACGAGGAGAGUGUCAAAAGCAAGGUGCAGUAUCUGAAAAACAAGCAGCUGGCAGGUGCCAUGGUGUGGGCACUGGAUUUGGAUGACUUCCGGGGCUCCUUCUGUGGCCAGAAUCUACGCUUCCCACUCAUCAACACCAUCAAGGAGGCACUUGCUGUGGCUUAGCUCUGUCUUUCCUCAUACCGUAACUCACACCCUCUGGCUCCAAUUGGCCAAGAGCCUGGUCACCUGCACUGUACCCCUGCUGAACCUCAGUGUCCCUCCCUUGGAACCUGUGUAAAGGGCUACAGCACUGAGAUUUGGGCUCAGCCUUGGUGGCCAGGGAGAUAGGGUAGGAUUAUAAGGUCAUGGGGGCCUGGAGACCAGCACAGUGUGAGAUACUAGACCAGUACAUACCCAUUGAUGAAUGGAAAUUCUCAGAUUCUAAGCCCAGCACAAAGGGAUUUCUUAACUCCUUUGCCCCCAGCUCUUAUGAUCAAAAGACACCAUUUCGGAAAGUUAUAUCACCAAGUAAGCAAACAUUGUACAAGAUGCACUGGCUGAACUAAUUAUGCCUUCUGUAAAGCCCAACUUGAAGCCUUCGCUUAGGAACAUAAUCGUGUCUCCAUCCCACUUCCCUUUCCUAAUUCCACAGCUCAAUAAAGCACACAAGCUUAACAGUA